AUGGGCAGUAACUCCAUAAACAGCUACAAGCUGAGCCCGAAUGAAUACUUCUCCCUAGAUGUACAGAGCGGUGGAGAGCAGAGUGUGUCUGCUGAGUUAGUGCUGCAGAAAGCUUUAGACCGAGAGAAACAGCCCGUUAUCCAGCUCACACUGACCGCUAUAGAUGGAGGAAAACCUCCUAGAUCCGGGACAUUGCAAGUCAUUGUCAAUGUGAUUGAUGCAAAUGAUAAUUCUCCCACUUUUAGCAAACCGCUGUAUAAGGUCCGUGUAAAUGAAAAUGCUCCGUUUGGAACUGAGGUAAUACAACUUAUUGCCACAGAUUUAGAUGAAGGGUGUAAUGGUAAGAUUGUAUAUUCCUUUAUCAAACGUGCGAACUUGAACCCGUCUGUUUUAUUUGAUAUAAAUUCAGAAACAGGUGAAAUUAUGGUCAAGGGUAAUUUGGAUUAUGAGGAAAGUCCUGCAUAUGAAAUUCGAGUGCAGGCGACAGACCAAGGCUCCUCCCCCCGUAGUGCACACGGUAAAGUGUUAGUAGAAGUUAUUGAUGUCAAUGACAAUGUCCCUGAAAUAUCGGUGACGUCACUCAUGAGCCCAGUCAAAGAGGAUGCUGAGAUAGGGACCGUGGUCGCCUUGGUGACAGUAACUGAUAAAGAUGGGGGUAAAAACGGCCUCACUACCUGUAAGCUUAUUGGGUCUGUUCCUUUUAAAUUGAAAUCGAACUACAAAAACUAUUAUUCCUUAGUGGUUGAUGGGCCUCUUGACAGAGAGAGUGCUUCUCAGUACAAUGUCACCAUCACAGCUACAGAUGAAGGGACCCCACCUCUCUCCAGCACCAGCGUUAUUACUGUACACGUUUCUGAUGUGAAUGACAACGCUCCUCGCUUCUCAGAACCCGUGAUUAAUGUUUAUGUGAAAGAGAACAGUCCGGUAGGAGACGUAAUUUAUACGACGUCUGCUUUUGAUCCAGAUUCAGAUGAAAAUGCAAAGACGACCUAUUCGUUAUUAGAUAAAAGUGUUUCAAUAUCAUCAUCUGUAAAUAUAAUAUCGAAUACAGGAGAAAUAGUGAGUCUGCAGUCUUUUAACUAUGAGGAGAUCAAAACUUUCCAGUUUAAAGUUCAGGCCACAGACUCUGGUGUUCCCCCACUCAGCAGCAACGUGACUGUGAACGUUUUUAUCCUGGAUGAGAAUGACAACAGUCCUGGGAUUUUCGCGCCCUAUUCGCAGCAUGGCAGCGUUAACACUGAGAACAUUCCCUAUUCUGUUGAAGCGGGCUACUUUGUGGCCAAGAUCAGGGCUGUAGAUGCCGACUCUGGCUACAAUGCGCUGCUUUCUUAUCACAUCUCUGAGCCCAAGGGAACCAACCUCUUCCGAAUUGGAACCAGCACCGGGGAACUAAGGACCAAGAGGCGAAUGAGUGACAAUGACCUGAAAACUCACCCGUUGGUCGUGUUGGUUUCUGAUAAUGGAGAACCCUCACUGUCAGCGACUGUGUCUAUUGACGUAGUGGUGGUUGAAAGUACAGGUGAAAUCCAGACUCAAUUCAGAAAUGUGCCGAGAAAGGAGGAGAACUUCUCUGAUUUAAACCUGUAUUUGCUGAUCGCCAUUGCCUCGGUGUCAGUGAUAUUUUUACUGAGCCUCAUCAGUUUAAUAGCUGUAAAAUGCCACAGGACAGAUGACAGUUUCAGAAGGUACAGCGCCCCAAUGAUCACCACACACCCUGACGGGAGCUGGUCCUACUCUAAAUCUACUCAGCAGUAUGACGUGUGUUUCAGUUCAGACACACUGAAGAGUGACGUAGUGGUUUUCCCCGCUCCAUAUCCAGCUGCAGAUGGAGAGCUGAUCAGUAUUAAUGGAAAUGACACGUUUAACAGGACUCAGACAUUACCGACCAAAGAGAAGGUAAGAGUAAUGCACUCCAUAUUUUGUUUUUGUGUCUCAAAACGGAAGAACGUUCCAUAUUGUAGCAGUUGACAGACAUUUUGCAAAAUGUUAUAUGGUAUCAUGAGAUCAGUUAGUAUAUUUGGUAGUAGCUGUAUUGUAAUAUAUUGUUUGAGAACAUGUAAAAUAUAUUGGCUUGACAUCAAACAAAUUGUUGUCUGGACAUUGCUGUGAAACCACGGAAUCUGUCCAAGGUGCUGAAAUGUUUUUCAGGGGCAGAGGCCUAUUUUGAUACAUGCGUUUCAUUGUUGAAAGUGUAAUGAAAUCAUUCAAGUGAUUUAGGAAUUUUGUUUUGAAAAAUUUGCAUUUUUUAUCUAACAAUCCGUUUGUAUAUUUUGUGAUUCCUUUUCUUUUAAGUCGAUCAUACUUUAUUUGUUUUUUUGACUUCUCGAAAGCUUUGGUCCUGUCCACUUUUAUCUCCACUACUGCGUACGACUAUCAAUACUCAUUUGAAGUGUUCCCCAGUGUUUGUUCCCACAUCUGUACUACUUAUCAUGAGUGCGUGUAUUCAAGUUGAACUAUUUGAUGCAUGAGGGGAUUGAUUAACAUUUGAGUCAACGUUGCUCACUGGUUUCUCCCAGUUAUCUUUUAAUAUUUGCUUACUAUCACAAUAAGUCAUGCUAUGGUAUAUAAAAUGAAAUCAAAUAAAAAAGUAACACAUGGUGUCGCUAUAGACCACAGAUAGAAGAUAAGUCAUUAAUAUCCUAAGACUCUAAGUCUCCAUUUUUUUUUACAGAAAAAAACAAAAAACUGCGUCAGUCACCAGUCUCGAGCGCUUUGUGAAGAGAACCACUCGAACAGUGAUGAGACGGAGAGGGCUUGGCUGUCCAGGAUCUCUGGCAUAUAACGGAAUAUUCGAGAGUUUUAAUGGUUAAAUGACUGUUAUUUGGAAUCAGUUGUUUUGCUCAAACAGCGAUGGGUCAUCUAAGACAAAGAGAAAGCGUUUGGAUUCAGUGCGUAGCGUUGCUUUGUUUAUUUGACUGGUCUGCAACGCAGAUCUCUUACUCGGUUUCAGAGGAGUUGGACAAAGGCACGUUUGUGGGGAAUCUUGCUAAGGAUUUAAACCUUAAUGUUCAGGAACUGGAGUCGAGGGGUCUAAGGAUUAUAUCUGGUUAUAAUAAAAGGUAUUUCGAAGAGAAUUUGAAAACAGGGAUACUGUUCGUUAACGAGAGGAUAGAUAGAGAGGAGCUUUGUCCAAAUACGGUAAAGUGCUCUUUAAAUAUAGAGGCCAUAUUGAGCGAUCCUUCCCAGCUCCACCGCGUUGAAAUUAAUAUUUUAGACAUAAAUGAUAAUGCACCAUCUUUCCUAGAAAGAAUACAUAUGCUUAAUAUCACCGAGGCAGCAUUUUCAGGUGAGCGAUAUCCUCUACCGAUAGCGAAUGACGCAGAUACGGGCAGUAACUCGGUAAACAGUUACAAGCUUAGCCCGAAUGAAUACUUCUCCCUGGAUGUACAGAGCGGUGGAGAGCAGAGUGUGUCUGCUGAGUUAGUGCUGCAGAAAGCUUUAGACAGAGAGAAACAGCCCGUUAUCCAGCUCACACUGACCGCUAUAGAUGGAGGAAAACCUCCUAGAUCCGGGACAUUACUGAUCACAGUUAAUGUGGAAGACGUUAAUGAUAAUGCACCUUCAUUUAGCAAACCACUUUAUAAGGUUAGUGUUCCUGAAAACGUUUCAUCUGGUACAGCAAUAAUAACUCUCACCGCGACGGAUCUUGACGAGGGCGUAAAUGGCGAGAUUAUGUACUCACUAAUAGGUCGAGGUAGUUUAAACCACUCCAAUACAUUUGACAUAAAUUCAGAUACAGGGAUAAUAACUGUUAAGAAAACCAUAGACCAUGAGGUAACUGCCGCCUAUGAAAUUCGUGCUGAGGCGAUGGACCGAGGGCACUCCUCACGGAAAACGUAUUGCAAAGUGUUAGUAGAAGUUAUUGAUGUCAAUGACAAUGCCCCUGAAAUAUCAGUUACGUCACUCAUCAGCCCAGUCAAAGAGGAUGCUGAGAUAGGGACAGUGGUCGCCUUGGUGACAGUAACUGAUAAAGACGGAGGUAAAAACGGACUCACCAACUGUAAGCUUGUUAGGUCUGUUCCUUUCAAAUUGAAUUCGAACUACAAAAACUAUUAUUCGUUAGUGGUCGAUGGGCCUCUGGACAGAGAGAGCGCUUCUCAGUAUAAUGUUACCAUCACAGCUACGGAUGAAGGGACCCCGCCUCUCUCCAGCACCAGCGUCAUUACUGUACAUGUUUCUGAUGUGAAUGACAACGCUCCUCGCUUCUCAGAGCCCGUGAUUAAUGUUUAUGUGAAAGAGAACAGUCCGGUAGGAGACGUCAUUUACACGAUUUCUGCUUUUGAUCCAGAUUCAGAAGAAAACUCAAAGAUUACGUAUACAUUAUUAGAUAAAAGUGUUUCAAUAUCAUCAUCUGUAAAUAUAAACUUGGAUACUGGAGAUAUAGUCAGCCUGCAGUCUUUUAACUAUGAGGAUAUCAAAACGUUCCAUUUUAUAGUUCAGGCCACAGACUAUGGUGUUCCUCCUCUCAGCAGUAACGAGACUGUGAACGUUUUUAUCCUGGAUGAGAAUGACAACAGUCCUGGGAUUCUAGCCCCCUAUUCUGAACACGGCUCCGUUAACACUGAGAACAUUCCCUAUUCUGCUGAAGCGGGCUACUUUGUGGCCAAUAUCAGGGCUGUAGAUGCCGACUCUGGCUACAAUGCGCUGCUUUCUUAUCACAUCUCUGAGCCCAAGGGAACCAACCUCUUCCGAAUCGGAACCAGCAGCGGGGAACUAAGGACUAAGAGGCGAAUGAGUGACAAUGACCUGAAAACUCACCCAUUGGUCGUGUUGGUUUCUGAUAACGGAGAACCCUCACUGUCAGCGACUGUGUCUAUUGACGUAGUAGUGGUUGAAAGUACAGGUGAAAUCCAGACUCAAUUCAGAAAUGUGCCGAGAAAGGAGGAUAACUUCUCUGAUUUAAACCUGUAUUUGCUGAUCGCCAUUGCCUCGGUAUCAGUGAUAUUUUUACUGAGCCUCAUCAGUUUAAUAGCUGUAAAAUGCCACAGGACAGACGACAGUUUCAGAAGGUACAGCGCCCCAAUGAUCACCACACACCCUGACGGGAGCUGGUCCUACUCUAAAUCUACUGAGCAGUAUGACGUGUGUUUCAGCUCAGACACAAUGAAGAGUGACGUAGUGGUUUUCCCCGCUCCAUAUCCACCUGCAGAUGCAGAACUGAUCAGUAUUAACGGAAAUGACACCUUUAGCAGGAAUCAAACAUUACCCAACAAAGAGAAGGUAAGAUCUAUAAAUCAACGUGCCUAUUUUUCUAUUGAAUUAUAUCUGUAUUACUCCAUUGAACUACUUGCAGUCAAAGAAUAUUGUUUUCUAAGUUACUCUUACCUUGAAAACAGCCAUCCAUCCAUCCAGUCGAGAGUUGUUACAUUGGCUUUGUGCGUAUGGCCUUCUGGCUUCAUAGAGCGAGUGUUGCUGUCCGUGGUUCUGAAAGCUCGCUAAACUUCAGAGCUAAAGAAUCGUUUAAUGCUCUAUAACAUAUUAAUGGAGUUCUAUGACACUGUACAGUAGUGUUGCGCUUUAGGAAUGUGUAAUAUGUCAAAUCACAACAAAGUUGUAUGUAGGGUAUUUUGAGAAUAUAGACAGGAUCGUAUACAACGUCUGGGAAAUAUACAGUUACAUCAUGUUGCAGCUUUAUCAUAUAGGCUACACGUUUACCAUUGACGUUUUCAGCCUAAAGGUCCGUGCUGUAUAUUUAUCCAUUUCAACUUGUAUAUUUCUUCCCAAAGGUAAAAUAUUACCAAGUGCUGUCCAUGGUGCUUAAAUCGUUCUUGCUCUUUGCUAAUAAUAUGCCAUUUAGCAGACGCUUUUAUCCAAAGCGACGUACAGUCAUGCAUGCAUACAUUUUUGUGUAUGGGUGGUCCCGGGGAUCGAACCCACUACCCUGGCGUUACAAGCGCCGUGCUCUACCAGCUGAGCUACAUGAGGGGAAGCGUUGUUGUGUAGAUGGAUUCUUGUCACUCGUGUAAUGGAAUAGAUGCAAAGUGGAAAUGUACGUUAGAAAAUUGUGUUAGAAAUCUUGACAGCAUCACACUGUUAACUCCUUGAGAUUUGUAUGUCAAUGUGUGUCUUUGUUAUGGCUUCUGUCAUUGUUAUCAAAACAUGACUAUCUGAACAUUUAUUUCAUGUUAUGUUUACUUUUCUUCAGCUACUUUCCCUGUGUUUUGCAUUGACUAGAACGUGUGUCCUUUUAAUACACAGGCAUUUCGGGUAGUAAAUGUCCAACACAAUAUUGGAGUUUAUCAUAGUAUUAUAAAAACAAGUGAAAUAAUAGGCCUACGGUCUUAUUUUACAUUAGUCAUAUAGGUUAUGUACAACAUUAGCACAUGGUGUCGCUAUAGACCACAGAAAUUAAUGUCGUCGCGGAUAUUCUAUGACUCCUCCUCUCUGAAUGAGAAAGAUACUAGGGACAUCGGUCCAGACCACUUUGUGAAGAGAAACACUCGAAUGGUGGUGAGACGGAGAGGGCUGGGCUGGAGGCUAGUACAGGAUCUCUCUUACAGAUUUUGUAGGAUUUAUGGAUAUUUGAAUAUAUUCUACUGGAAUAAUUAGUUGUUUUGUACAAGCAGCGAUGGGUCGUCGAAGACAAAGAGAAAGCGUUUGGAUUCAGUGCGUCUCGUUGCUUUGUUUAUUUGACUGGUCUGCAGCGCAGAUCUCUUACUCCGUUUCAGAGGAGGUGGACAAAGGCACGUUUGUUGGGAAUCUCGCUAAGGAUUUAAACCUUAACGUUCAGGAACUUGAGUCUAGGGGUUUAAGGAUUGUAUCAGGACAGAGUAAGAGAUAUUUUGAGGCGAAUUUGAAAACGGGGAUUCUAUUCGUUAAUGAGAGGAUAGACAGAGAGGAGCUUUGUCCGAAUAAGGUAAAGUGCUCUUUAAAUAUACAGGCCAUAUUGAGCCACCCCAUGCUUCUCCACCGCAUUGAGGUGAAUAUUAUUGAUAUCAACGACAAUGCGCCGUCUUUUCUUGAAAAAAUACAUCGUUUGAAUGUUACUGAAUUAGCUUCUCCUGGUGAGAGAUACCUGCUACCAAUAGCGAAUGACGCAGAUACGGGCAGUAACUCGGUAAACAGCUACAAGCUGAGCCCGAAUGAACACUUCUCCCUGGAUGUACAGAGCGGUGGAGAGCAGAGUGUGUCUGCUGAGUUAGUGCUGCAGAAAGCUUUAGACCGAGAGAAACAGCCCGUUAUCCAGCUCACACUGACCGCUAUAGAUGGAGGAAAACCUCCUAGAUCCGGAACUUCACAGAUCAUUGUUCACGUAAUAGAUGUCAAUGAUAAUUCUCCAAUUUUUUCCCGGACGCUUUACAAAGUACAUGUCCAUGAAAAUGCACUUUUUGGGACAGCUAUACUAACUCUCAAUGCAACAGAUUUAGACGAGGGCGUAAAUAGUAAAAUAGUGUACUCUUUCUUAAAACGGGGUAAUUUGGACCCAUCCAUUAUGUUUAGCAUCAAUUCAGACACGGGUGAAAUUACAAUCAAAGGGAAUUUGGAUUAUGAAGAAAGUCCUGCAUACGAAAUUCGAGUUCAAGCGACCGAUCAAGGGCAUUCUCGUCGUAGUGCACACGGUAAAGUGUUAGUUGAAGUUAUUGAUGUCAAUGACAAUACUCCAGAAAUCUCAGUAACGUCACUCAUGAGUCCAUUGAAAGAGGAUGCUGAGAUAGGGACAGUGGUCGCCUUAGUGACAGUGACAGAUAAAGAUGGUAGUAACAAUGGCAUCACCAACUGUAAACUUACUAGGUCUGUUCCUUUUAAACUAAAAUCGAAUUAUAAAAACGAUUAUUCUUUAGUGGUUGAUGGGCCUCUUGACAGAGAGAGUGCUUCUCAGUAUAAUGUCACCAUCACAGCUACGGAUGAAGGGACCCCACCUCUCUCCAGCACCAGCGUUAUUACUGUACACGUUUCUGAUGUGAAUGACAACGCUCCUCGCUUCCCAGAACCCGUGAGUAAUGUUUAUGUGAAGGAGAACAGCCCAGUAGGAGACAUUAUUUAUACGAUUUCUGCUUUUGAUCCAGAUUCAGAAGAAAACGCAAAGAUUAGGUAUACAUUAUUAGAUAAAAGUGUUUCAAUAUCAUCAUCUGUAAAUAUAAACUCGGAUACCGGAGAUAUAGUCAGCCUGCAGUCUUUUAACUAUGAGGAGAUCAAAACUUUCCAGUUUCUAGUUAAGGCCACAGACUCUGGUGUUCCUCCUCUCAGCAGCAACGUGACUGUGAACGUUUUUAUCCUGGAUGAGAAUGACAACAGUCCUGGGAUUCUCGCGCCCUAUUCUGAACACGGCUCAGUUAACACUGAGAACAUUCCCUAUUCUGCUGAAGCGGGCUACUUUGUGGCCAAGAUCAGGGCUGUAGACGCCGACUCUGGCUACAAUGCGCUGCUUUCUUAUCACAUCUCUGAGCCCAAGGGAACCAACCUCUUCCGAAUCGGAACCAGCACCGGGGAACUAAGGACCAAGAGGCGAAUGAGUGACAAUGACCUGAAAACUCACCCGUUGGUCGUGUUGGUUUCUGAUAACGGAGAACCCUCACUGUCAGCGACUGUGUCUAUUGACGUAGUGGUGGUUGAAAGUACAGGUGAAAUCCAGACUCAAUUCAGAAAUGUGCCGAGAAAGGAGGAAAGCUUCUCUGAUUUAAACCUGUAUUUGCUGAUCGCCAUUGCCUCGGUAUCAGUGAUAUUUUUACUGAGCCUCAUCAGUUUAAUAGCUGUAAAAUGCCACAGGACAGACGACAGUUUCAGAAGGUACAGCGCCCCAAUGAUCACCACACACCCUGACGGGAGCUGGUCUUACUCUAAAUCUACUCAGCAAUAUGACGUGUGUUUCAGCUCAGACACACUGAAGAGUGACGUAAUGGUUUUCCCUGCUCCAUAUCCACCUGCAGAUGCAGAACUGAUCAGUAUUAACGGAAAUGACACCUUUAGCAGGACUCAAACAUUACCCAACAAAGAGAAGGUAAGAUCUAUACCCAAAUGGACUGAUUUAUCAAUUGCAUAAUACCUGUGUUACUCAUUUGAACUGCUUGCAGUCAAAUAAUAUUGUUUCUACGUUUCUCUUACUUCAAAAACAACCGUCCACUCGAUAGUUGUCACAUUAUCUUUGUUUUGCACCAUGCGUAUGGCCUCCUUGCGUGAUAGCACGAGUGUUGAUGUCCAUGGUUCUAAAAGCGCGGCAAACUUCAGAGCUGUAGAUUUAAUAUCCUUUGACGUGUGAAUGGCUUUCUAUGUACAAAAGUUUUGCGCUUCAUGAAUAUGUAAAUUCUCAGCAAAGUUGUAUGUUUUGUGAGGACGUAAGCAGGAACGUAUGAGAAAUAUACACAUAAUGUGACAGAUUGAUGAUAUACGCUAUGGGACGCAAUUACCCUCGACAUUAUAAGCCUAAAUUGUGCAUACUAUAUCUUUAUCCAUUUCAACAGUGUAUAUUUGUUUCCAAUGUUCAGCAAGCGUUUAAAUCUUACCGAGUGCUGUCCGUGGUGCUGAAACCAUUUUUGCUCACUGCUUAUCGAGGGACUGUUAUUUUUAGAUUGAUACUUGUUACUGGUGUAUUGGAAUUGAUGCAACGUGGUAAUUUGCUUUAGAUAAUUUGGUUUUGCUGUCUUGAGAGCAUUACAAUGUUAACCCCUUUAGCUUUUCAUAUAUCAAUGUCCCUUGUGUGGCUUUCCUCCUCGUUACUCGUCCUUAAUGGUUAUUGUUUCUGUCGUCCUCAUCAGAACAUGAGGAUGUGAAUAUUUAUUUCAUUAGAUGAGGUUGUUUCUUUUGCUACAUUCCCUGGGUUUUGUGUUGGACAUUAAUCAAUUUAAAUACAUAGUCCUUUCGGGUAGUACAUAUCCAACGAGAGGUUGUCUUCUGGAGUUUCUCUCAGUAUUCUAAAAAGUCAAAUAGUAAACAUUCUUCUUUUACAUGGGUAAUAUAUGCUAUGUCUAACAGUAACACAUGGUGUCACUAUAGACCACAUAAAUGAAUGUAGUCGCUGAUAUUCUAUGACUCCUCUGAAUAAGAAGGACAAUUGCGUCAUCAGCUCGGAUAGCUUUGUGAAGAGAUGCACUCGAAUGGUGGUGAGACGGAGAGGGCAGGGCUCUGUACAGGAUCUCUCUAACGGAUUUUUAGAUUUCAUGGAUAUGUAACUAUUUUCUAUUGGAUUAAUUCAUUUUGUACAAGCAGCGAUGGGUCGUCGAAGACAAAGAGAAAGCGUUUGGAUUCAGUGCGUCGCGUUGCUUUAUUUAUUUGACUGGUCUGCAGCUCAGAUCUCUUACUCCGUUUCAGAGGAGAUGGACAAAGGCACGUUUGUGGGGAAUCUCGCUAAGGAUUUAAACCUUAAUGUUCAGGAACUGGAGUCGAGGAGUCUAAGGAUUGAAUCAGGAAAUAGUAAGAGGUAUUUCGAGGCUAAUUUGAAAUCAGGGAUUCUAUUCGUUAACGAGAGAAUAGACCGAGAGGAGCUUUGUCCGAGUACGCUAAAGUGCUCAUUAAAUAUAGAGGCCAUAUUGAGCGAUCCUAUGCUUCUCCACCGUAUUGAGGUGACUAUUUUAGACAUCAAUGACCAUUCUCCGUCAUUUAAUAAAAAGGUUUCUACGUUUAACAUAUCUGAAUCUUCAUACCCUGGGGAGCGAUAUCCACUUCCCAUAGCGAAUGACGCAGAUACGGGCAGUAACUCGGUAAACAUCUACAAGCUGAGCCCGAAUGAACACUUCUCCCUGGAUGUACAGAGCGGCGGACAGCAGAGUGUAUCUGCUGAGUUAGUGUUGCAGAAAGUUUUAGACCGAGAGAAACAGCCCGUUAUCCAGCUCACACUGACCGCUUUAGAUGGAGGAAAACCUCCAAGAUCCGGGACGUUGCCUAUAGUUGUGAAUGUCAUAGAUGUUAAUGAUAAUUCACCCAUAUUUAGCAAGCCGCUAUAUAAGGCCAGUGUGCCUGAGAUUGUGCCUUUUGGGACUACAGUGGUAACACUCAGUGCAACUGAUUUAGAUGACGGAAUCAACGGUAAACUUAAGUAUUCAUUUAUUGAGCGGGGGAAUAUAAAUCCUGCUGAUAUGUUCGCUCUGAAUCAAGACACAGGUGAACUUACUGUCAAAGGGAAUUUGGACCACGAGAAAAACGCAGCAUAUGAAAUACGUGUACAAGCAACGGACCAAGGCUCCUCGCCCCGCAGUGGUUAUUCUAAAGUGUUAGUAGAAGUUAUUGAUUGCUUAACUAACUCUACAAUUAUUGGGGCUGUUCCUUUUAAAUUAAAGUCCAACUAUAAAAACUAUUAUUCGUUAGUGGUCGAUGGGCCUCUGGACAGAGAGAGUGCUUCUCAGUAUAAUGUCACAAUCACAGCUACGGAUGAAGGGACCCCGCCUCUCUCCAGCACCAGCGUUAUUACUGUACACGUUUCUGAUGUGAAUGACAACGCUCCUCGCUUCCCAGAACCCGAUACUGGAGAUAUAGUCAGCCUGCAGUCUUUUAACUAUGAGGAGAUAAAAACUUUCAAUUUUAUAGUUCAGGCCACAGACUCUGGUGUUCCUCCUCUCAGCAGCAAGGUGACUGUGAACGUUUUUAUCCUGGAUGAGAAUGACAACAGUCCAGGGAUUCUCGCGCCCUAUUCUGAACACGGCUCCGUUAACACUGAGAACAUUCCCUAUUCUGCUGAAGCGGGCUACUUUGUGGCCAAGAUCAGGGCUGUAGAUGCCGACUCUGGCUACAAUGCGCUGCUUUCUUAUCACAUCUCUGAGCCCAAGGGAACCAACCUCUUCCGAAUCGGAACCAGCACUGGGGAACUAAGGACUAAGAGGCGAAUGAGUGACAAUGACCUGAAAACUCACCCGUUGGUCGUGUUGGUUUCUGAUAAUGGAGAACCCUCACUGUCAGCGACUGUGUCUAUUGACGUAGUAGUGGUUGAAAGUACAGGUGAAAUCCAGACUCAAUUCAGAAAUAUGCCGAGAAAGGAGGACAACUUCUCAGAUUUAAAUCUGUAUUUGUUGAUCGCCAUUGCCUCGGUGUCAGUGAUAUUUUUACUGAGCCUCAUCAGUUUAAUAGCUGUAAAAUGCCACGGGACAGACGACAGUUUCAGAAGGUACAGCGCCCCAAUGAUCACCACACAUCCUGACGGGAGCUGGUCUUACUCUAAAUCUACUCAGCAGUAUGACGUGUGUUUCAGCUCAGACACACUGAAGAGUGACGUAGUGGUUUUCCCUGCGCCGUAUCCACCUGCAGAUGCAGAACUGAUCAGUAUUAAUGGAAAUGACACGUUAAACAGGACUCAGACAUUACCCAACAACGAGAAGGUAAGAUUUGUGUGGUUCUCUGUAGCUCAAUUGGUAGAGCAUGGCGCUUGUAACGCCAGGGUAGUGGGUUUGAUCCCCGGGGCCACCCAUAAGUAAAAAUGUAUGCACACAUGACUGUAAGUCACUUUGGAUAAAAGUGUCUGCUAAAUGGCAUAUUAUUAUUAUAUUAUUAUUAUUUAUAAAUAACCGGGACCAUUUUUCUAUUGAAUUAUACAGUAUCUGUAUUCAUCUAUUGAACUCCUUGCAUUCAAAUAA